UAUAAAUUGAGAUUGAAACCUAUUACACUGUUAUGAAAGAAGAAAUCUGAAGAAGAAAAAAAGUUAUAAAUCAUGUCUCCCAGUUACAAAAAACCCCACCGAAAACGACUGCGUUUAAACAGAAACCCUAAUUUGGUGCCGGAGUCAGAAUCAAAGAUGGCGACGGCGGAGGAAAUCAACAAUGAUUCACUUCCCACUCUCCCUAUCGAUCUCGUCCCUGAUAUCUUCUGUUGGCUACCUGUGAAACUUCUUGUACAGCUCCGAUGCAUGUGCAAGUCAUGGAAUUCUCUAAUCUCCGAUCGCAAUUUCACCAGAAAGCACCUCAGCCUCUCAACCACUCGCCGUCUCUAUUCCGCCGCAUACGAACAUAAACCCGACGGGUUGGUUCACAAUUCUUACCCACUCGAUUCGGUUUUAUCCAGUAAAAUCAAACAACAGCUUCUCCCUUUCAACAGCAUCGUUGCUUCUUGUGACGGCAUCCUUUGUCUCUGCGAUAAACGGAAAGGUAUUGCUGUUUUGUGGAAUCCUUCUAUUAGAAAAUUCAAGGAAUUACCACCCCCUUUCGAAAACGUUCAAAUUCGUAAAAAGGCUUUUAUGACCUUCGGAUUCGGCUAUGACCAUGUUUCUGAUAAUUACAAAGUGGUUGUUCUUUACUACUACGAACCUAACUUGCCUAUCACAACUACAGUAAAAAUUCAUACUUUGGGCACCAAUUUUUGGGAAACCAUUCCGACCUUUCCUUUUGGAACACAUGUCUUUGAUGAGCAUUCCGGAACACAUUUGAGAGGUACAAUUAAUUGGCCAGCCUAUACUGGACGGGGUCGGAAGGGUCCAUUCUUCAUUGCUUCUUUUGAUUUGGUAAAGGAGUCUUAUCAGAAGCUUUUGCUUCCUGCUCAUGCAGAGAUCAGUCUGCCUUACUUGUCAUUGGCUGUCUUGAGGGACUGCUUGUGCUUAAUUUCUGGUCAUGAUAUUUGGGUCAUGAAGGAAUAUGGAAUUCAAGAGUCUUGGGCUAAAUUGUUCUCCGUUUCUUUCAUGCAGCAUCCUACUAAGCGUUAUGUCUUGUACACGGCAUUGUAUAUUUUUGAGGAUGACCGACUGCUGCUCGAAACUCUAGAGGGUUGGGAAAAUAAGUUGGUUGUUUAUGAUUCAAAGAAUGAUACUUUUAAGGUUACUAGGUUUAAAAACGACGUAAAUGUCUGUCUUGAAACUUUGAUUUCUCCCUGUUCUUAAUGCUAGGAAUGUACAUGCCACUUGAGCAUAUAUGUUAAUUUAUGUUUUUUAUUUUCUACUUGCUAGUUAUGAUUACCGGUUUUACUUCAUGGAUUAUUACAUUUAUAUAAUUCACAGUAAUUAUAUUUUUGAAGAUUAUAACAUUUAUA